AUAUAUCGCGAAUUGCGUAACAGAUUUUAUUCCAAGGGAAUAAAAUUCGUCGUUGUAACAGUGGGUUGGUAUUAAGAAGUGAAACGUUAUCAAGCGAAGACGUACUUUAAUCUUGUGCUCACAAAAAAAGUUUAGAACCUAAAAAGAGACAAAUACAAAAUGCCACGACGUGGACGAGCAGCGGGUCCUCCACCGAGGACGGUAAGGCCAUCAUCGCCAUCAAGGUUCUCAGCACCUCCAACAAAAGCUGCAGCACCUCCAGCACAUGCACCAGCAUCAACACCGAUGGUCGCUCAACCGGCAGCCCAACAGCCAUCUCUUAUGGGACAAAUGGCUGCUACUGCUGGUGGUGUAGCCAUUGGUUCAGCUGUUGGUCAUACCAUUGGUCACGCAGUCACUGGAUUGUUCAGCGGUGGUUCUAGCGAGCCAGCAGUUGCACCAGCUCCAGCUCCUGUUCAAGCUCAAAGUUCACCAAUGUCUACACCUGCAGGCGGUGCUUGUGCCUGGGAAGUCAAACAAUUCUUAGAAUGUGCUUCUAAUCAAUCAGAUCUUUCUCUUUGCGAGGGUUUCAAUGAAGCUCUUCGUCAAUGCAAAUCUGCUAACAAUAUGAUCUAAAUCUGGGUCUAAAUUUAAAUAAAUUGGCAGUAUAUAAAAUAUUAUUUAGAAAUUUUGUU